AUGCCAUCAUACGUGGAAGACAGCUGCCUAGAUGUUAUCAUUGUCGGGGCAGGGUUCGGCGGUUGUUACCUUCUUAGGAACUUGAGAAAGCAGGGUUUCCGGGUUCGUGUGUUUGAAGAAGGCCUUGGCUUGGGAGGCGUGUGGUGGCACAAUCGUUACCCAGGUGCCCGAGUCGACACCGACACUCCUUUUUACGAGUUUUCCGAUCCUGAAAUAUGGCAGAAUUGGGAGUGGACGGAGAAGUUCCCCAGCCAGCCUGAGAUGAUCAAAUACUUCGAGUUUGUCGACAAGAAGUGGGACCUCAGCAAGGAUGUUACCUUUGGUGUCAGAGUCACCGACGCAGCUUUUGACGCCCAAGCCAACGAGUGGACUAUUGAGACCAGUAAUGGCCAGAAGGCCUCGUCAACCUAUCUUUUACUCGCAAUGGGCUUUGCUGCCAAGAUGUAUGUGCCCGAUAUCAAAGGCCUCGACAAGUUCCAAGGCUUUUCGUGCCAUACAGCACGUUGGCCGGAAGACCAUCCCGACCUCGCAAACAAACGGAUCGGUAUUAUCGGCAGCGGUGCCACCGGUGUGCAGCUGGUCCAGGAACUAGGGCCUGCUGCCGGACAGCUCGUGGUUUUUCAGCGCUCACCAAACUGCGCAAUGCCAAUGAGGCAGGAGACAUGGGGGCUGAGUCCCCCGGACAAAUCCAAGUACUCGGAACUCUUCCCGAAGAUGAAAAUGUCCAAGGCUGGAUUUACUUACCCGAUCGUCGAUAAGAGCGCCCUGGAUGACACACCCGAGCAGCGAAAGGCUCUGUUUGAACAUCUAUGGGAGCUUGGCGGCUUUGCUCCAACACAUGGCAACUACUCAGAUCUGAACACAAGCCUGGAGGCAAAUCACCUCUUCUACGACUUCUGGCGUGAUAAGGUCCGCCAAAGGCUCACUACAACGGACCCUGAGUUGAUUGAGAACCUGGCGCCUGAGAAGCCUCCGUAUCCAUUCGGCACGAAGCGCUCUUCGCUGGAACAGAGCUACUAUGAAGUUUUCAAUCAGAGUAACGUCAGUUUGGUGUCUUUGAAGAAGAACCCCAUUGAUGAGAUCGUUCCUGAGGGAGUUAAGAUGUCUGAUGGAACUAUUCACCAGCUCGAUGCCCUUCUUCUAGCAACUGGCUUUGACGCCAUAACGGGUAGCUUUACUAGAGUCAACAUCCGGGGCCUCAAAGGCAAGUCACUCAACGAUAAAUGGAAAACUGGAUCGCGCACUUUUCUGGGGAUGACAUCUUCAGGCUUCCCAAACAUGUUCUUCCUUUAUGGGCCUCAGAGCCCUACGGCAACAGCCAUUGGGCCUGUCAUUUCAGAAAUACAAGGCGACUGGAUCAUUCAAACCCUGGUUUACCUUAGAAAGAACGGGUUCACGCGUCUUGACCCUCGACCAGAUACAGAGAAAGACUGGGGUCGUCGAACCACAGAAUUUUGUGACAGCUCACUCUUAAGUCAUAAUGAAACAACAUGGUAUAUGGGUGGAAACGUUCCCGGUAAAGCUCGCGAGGCUCUCAGUUAUAUGGGCGGCUUGCCUGCAUACCAGUGGGCACUGAACGAGUGUGCCUCAAAUGGAUUGUCUGGUUUCAACAUUCAGUAG